AUGAUCCGGGCGGUGAUAGUCAUGAGCACGGAGGGCAAGAGUCGCCUCGCCAGAUUCUACGAUUAUCAGGUCUCCUUAAGAUUGUUCUAUUCCAUGGUUUUCUUUCUGUGUUUCUCUUUUCAUCUUCCCUACCCAAUCCUUCAGUUCGAUCCUGAGAGAGUCUCGCUUGAUGAAUCUCAGCCGCCGGAGAAGCAGCAGGAGCUGAUACGGAGAUUAUAUGGAGGUUGCGAUUCUUAUUUAUUGUUUCUCGUAUGUGAAUCUUUGGGGAAUCUGGAAAAGGGGUGGUUUAUAAUGGUUCAGAUGGGGCAGCUGCUCUUGAAGGUUUGCGGAUGCUGUGAAUAAUUCUCAUUAUUUUCUUCAUCUUCGAACAGUUUUAUCCUCCAGGCCGGAAGGCGUUAGCAACUUCGCCCAAGUAGAAGCCAUAUUUGGCCCGGUAUGCCAUCGUUUUUUGCUCCACUCCUUGAUUUAUUCUAGUUUGUGGAAAGCAAUAUUUUGAGGGAUUUCGGCAAACAUACGUUCUUGCUGAUCUCAAAUUUUCCUCGUUAGUAGUUUCAUCAGAAAUAGAGGCGUUCUUUAUUUCUAGUAGGAACUAGACGAGUGAGAUACUACGAAGAAAAAUCAAAUAAAGAAGACGCUCUUUAGGCGUGUUCAUUCUUAUUCACCCUUUUCAUGAAUUUAGGGGUCUUGCAUUUUAAAUUGACGAACAAGCGGAGUUUCAUGCAUUAGCUCGUUGGUUUUAGUGGUUACUGGUUUUGCUUAGAUGAUUGAACUCGGUGCCUAUGGAUCCACAGCAAUUCACAUAUAUGGUUAUAUUUUAGAGUGUUCUUGCGUAGGUGGUUGAACUCGGUACCUAUGGAUUCACAGCAAUUCACAUAUAUGGUUAUAUUUUAGAGUGUUCUUGCGUAGAUGGUUGAACUCGGUGCCUAUGGAUUCACAGGAAUUCACAUAUAUGGUUACAUUUUAGAGUGGUCUUGCCUAGAUUUGGUGCUUACUGAUUCAUAGCAAUUCUUCAUAUAUGGUUAUAUUUUAGAGUGGUCUUGCAUAGAUUUGGUGCUUAUUGAUUCACAGCAAUUCUACAUAUAUGGUUAUAUUUUAGAGUGGUCUUGCAUAGAUUUGGUGCUUAUUGAUUCACAGCAAAGUAUAUUUAUAUGCCUUCCUUUUAUAGAUUGGGCAGCCGCCUAAAUUUCAAAAUCCAGAGAGAAUGGUCAACUGAAAUUCGCUCUUAAGUUUCAAAAUCCGGUGGUUUUGCCAGAUCUUUGAGUUAGUGUCGAUAUACUGUUAUGCAUCUUACAUUUAUAUGCCCUCAUUUUAUAACUUACGGAAGAAGAUUAAUGUCGAACUCCAGUGAGCAUGAUCGACCAUUAUCAUGUUUCAUUUCUCAGGUUUGAGUGUUUUCAGCAGAUGUUAUAAUUUUUUGUCUAUGUAAUUACUCAAUUAUAAUUAAUGAUUAAUUAGUUGGUUUUAUUAGUUAGGUUACAUAUCUGAACCUAAUCUCUAUAUACUCACCGUAUCUUCCUACCUUCCUUUUUCGUUAGAGUUAUUGGGUCAUCCAACUUGGAAAUAUCUGGCAGUGAGUGGGAACAGGCUCUGGUUUAUUUCAUUACUGAACAAUAUGACAGACCAUUCAUAUAAUUGGGUGUGCUCGACUCAAGAGGAACCAUCCAACUCAUAACCACUCAAUUAAUGAGGAAUAAAAUAGUUUGAUUUAUCAUCACGUGUUUGGUAAUAUAAUCAAUUUAUACAGGACCAUUACACCUCAUACCCUAAACCACUCAGAAACAUGCGGACAUGAUCGUGGGCUUAAGGUAGCAGCUGAAUGUCAGAAUCUAGAGUGCAUAUUUCAUUAUAACCCAUGAUUAAAUCAGUAUGUUCGUAUGGUUUCCAUACCAUUUAUUUUAUUUCACUCAAAAAAUCUGUUAAAAACAUGCCGUUUCACAGGAUACACGCAUGGUGUACAAGCACUAUGCGACAUUGUACUUUGUGUUUGUGUUUGAUAGCUCUGAGAACGAGCUGGCUAUGCUUGAUCUGAUCCAAGGUAUCUGGAGAUCUUCCGACGUUUAAUAUUCUCUGAGGGGCAUUACAUAUAUUAUUAAUCUCCCGCUUUUGUGGAACAGUUUUUGUGGAGACACUAGACAAAUGCUUCAAGAAUGUCUGCGAGCUGGACAUUGUGUUCAAUUUCAAUAAGGUCCCAUUAUCCGCCCCUGUGUUUUUUUUUCCCCCAUUUUUCUGGGGAUUUGAAGUUUCCUUCUUGUCUGUCUCCAGAUGCAUAGCAUUCUGGACGAGAUCGUCUUUGGAGGGCAGGUGCUGGAGACCAGUUCUGAUGAAGUCUUGAAGGCUGUUGAAGAGAUAACAAGGUCCCCUCCACUCUUCUCCCCUCUUCUCCCCUCUUCUCCCCUCUUCUCCCUCGCCACAUCACAUCAGCGCCGCCCUUCUUAUUCUGAUGCCAGAACCGUCCCGUACAGGCUGGAGAAGUCUGCGAGCUCCGGUGGGCCCCUUCCGAAGUCCGUCGUUGGGAGGCUCAGCCGGUAG